AUGGUCUAUUGCUUUGCUCCAACCUGCAGCCACUCGUCAGAGGGCCAAACAUGCAAGAUCUUCGCAUUUCCAAGCACAGAAAAACAGAAAGAUGAGUACCGGCGAUGGAUCCGGUUAUUAAGGUAGAAAUUAUCUUUACAAUUGCCUUCUCCAUAAGAAUCAGAUGUAAAAUGUGAUGGUUUGUUGACGCGAGCGUCUACGACUCGAUUAGUGCGUAGAGGCCAUCAACUGGCAGCUGCACGUACCAUCACGUUUAACCGCUUUCUAUUUCUCAGUUUUCUAUGACUAACAGUACUUCGACUUUAUACUUAAACUUAUUUGUCUGUGAAUCCUUAUACAAUGUAUUUUAUAAUGCUUUCCUGAUAUAAUUUUUUUUUGUCCAACAGAAGGCAAGAUAGGGAGCCCAGUAAGCAUUCAAGGGUUUGCAGUUGCCAUUAUUGA